AUGCAUGCGUCGCGCUGGCUGGUGACUACGGCAGCCUAUGGCUCGGCGUGGAGCGCGCUGACUGCGUUGCCGGCAUCACGGCCGGAGACCUCUUGGCCGAACGCGAAGACGGUUAAAUGCCAUCAAGAGGCGCCGGCGGCUGGCUUCGACAAGCUCGAUCGCCUCUGGCACACCAUCGAGGAGAGGAAGGCACGCACCCAAGACGCCGGCCGCUCCUGGACCGCGCGCCUGCUCGCCAAGGGCACCGACAAGUGCGCGCAGAAGGUCGGAGAGGAGGCCACGGAGGUCUGCAUAGAGGCGGCAGCCCGGAGACCCACAGGCGUGGUGAAGGAGUCUGCCGACCUGCUCUUCCACCUCCUGGUGUUGUGGGCAUCCAUGGGCAUCGAGCCCGGGCAGGUGCUUGAUGAGCUGGCACGGAGGGAGGGCACCAGCGGUGUCGAUGAGAAGGAGUCACGCCCACGAUGA